GAAUACCAAAGCGUGAAAAAUGAAUGCCCCUCCAACAUUCGAAGCAUUUUUACUUUUUGAAGGAGAAAAGAAAAUUACUAUAGAAAAGGACACUAAAGUCCCAAAUGCUGCACUGUUCACAGUGAAUAAAGAAGAUCAUACACUUGGAAACAUGAUCACCACACAAUUGUUGAAAGAUCCCCAAGUUUUGUUUGCUGGUUAUAAAAAUCCCCAUCCAUUAGAACAUAAAUUUGUGGUGAGAAUACAAACUACCUCAGAUUACAGUCCGCAAGAAGCUUUCACCAAUGCUAUUACAGAUCUUAUCAGUGAGAUAUCACUACUGGAGGAAAGAUUCAAGGAAUCUGUAAAAGAAAGAGCUGAAGGAGAAAUAUAAAGUACAGGAGAGGUCAAAGGUUAUUCCAAUCUUUGUAAAUGUAAAUAUUCAUUGUGUAUAAAGUCAUCUUAUUGUCAUUGUAAAUAAACACAUCAAUUUCUUA